UAACGCGAGGAAUCGGUUUGAAAGCGGAAUUGGAGCUUUUAAAAAUGAUAUAAAGUGUAAAGAGGCGAAGGCGAGGAGAAGGAAGUAUUGAGGGGGCGAGUAUUGAGGGGGAGGCAUGGUCGCCGUCACCUGAGCGGUGUGGGCUCGGCGCUCACGCAUCGACACGGUUAAAGAGGCGGCUCCGAGCCCGGUUUAUUUCUGUGCCGACUUGAACUUGAUCCCAAGGAGGGGCUGACCCGCAAAGCGAUACUGUUUAAUAUUGCAAAAAACACACGGACCUCUGGCAAGCCCCCACCUCUCUCUCUCUCUCUGCCUCUCUCUCUCUCUCUGCCUCUGCCUCUGGGGUGAAACAUGCAGAGAUCGCCGGGCAGUGGGGACCAUGCCCGGAGUCUUGGCUGACUUGUGGUCAGUACAGGACGGACAGUCGCUUCCCUCCGGCCAGCAGCAUGGACAAGCCGCUGUGCCUGUACGACAAGGAUCUGGAGUCGAGCGAUCACCACGACUGCUGCGAGCGGGUGAUCAUCAACGUGUCUGGUCUGCGUUUCGAGACCCAGAUCAAAACCUUGCGCCAGUUCCCGGACACGUUGUUGGGGGACCCGCAGCGCAGGACCCGCUACUUCGACCCGCUGCGGAACGAGUACUUCUUCGAUCGUAACCGCCCGAGUUUCGACGCGAUCCUGUACUACUACCAGUCGGGAGGCAGGCUGAAGAGACCUAACAGCGUGUCGCUGGAGGUCUUCAUGGAGGAGCUGCGCUUCUACGAGUUGGGCGACGAGGCUGUGACCAGGUUUCGGGAGGAUGAAGGCUUCGUCAAGGAAGAGGAGCGGCUGCUGCCGAACAACGAGUUCCAGCGGCAGCUGUGGCUGCUCUUUGAAUAUCCCGAGAGCUCGUCUCCGGCCAAGGUGGUGGCCAUCAUCUCCGUGCUGGUCAUCCUCAUCUCCAUUGUGGUCUUCUGCCUGGAGACCUUGCCGGAGUUCAGAGACGACCACGACCCCACCUUGCCCGUCCACUCCCAGAAGGGGAACAGUUCCCUUGCUGAGGUCGCGAGUAACCCGUUCAGCGACCCGUUCUUCGUGGUGGAAACCAUGUGUAUUUGUUGGUUCUCCUUCGAGCUCUUCCUGAGGUUCAUCGUCUGCCCCAGCAAGCCCGGCUUCUUCAAGAACAUCAUGAACUUCAUCGACUUUGUGGCGAUCAUCCCUUACUUUGUGGCGCUGGGCACAGAGUUUGCGAGGCAGCGAGGAGUGGCUCAGCCCGCCAUGUCUCUCGCCAUCCUCAGGGUCAUCCGCCUGGUCAGGGUGUUCCGAAUCUUCAAACUCUCCAGGCACUCCAAGGGCUUGCAGAUCCUUGGGCAAACUCUGAAGGCGAGCAUGAGGGAGCUGGGCCUGUUGAUAUUCUUCCUCUUCAUUGGAGUGAUCCUCUUCUCCAGUGCUGUCUACUUCGCCGAAUCAGAAGACGAGGACACCAUCUUCACCAGCAUCCCUGAAGCCUUCUGGUGGGCUGUUGUCACCAUGACUACCGUGGGCUAUGGCGACAUGUACCCCGUGACUCUUGGAGGUAAGAUCGUGGGGUCCCUCUGUGCCAUAGCCGGGGUGCUCACCAUCUCAUUGCCCGUCCCCGUCAUCGUCUCCAACUUCAGUUACUUCUACCACAGGGAGAUCGAGAGCGAGGAACAGACCCAGUACUCGCAUGUCACCACGUGUCCAUACCUGCCUCCCAGCCCCAAGGCUCAAUCGUUGACUGGCAAAAGUCUGGAGCUGGAAGAUGAGCUCGUUGACAGUUUCUGCGCGCCUCUGCACACUGACAUGUUGGAUGGUUUCUGCCCCACGGACAGUGGCCACCGGCCAUCCGACAACUCGCCCAUCAAGAACUCCGUGGUCACCCAAGUCUGACCUGGUCCUUUUGUCAAAGUUGCUUAAAUGUUAAUGCAGGAGAAAACAAAAAGACAAAAGCAUCACCUCAACUUGGAGAUGGACAUCUCCCCUCCAGCACUGCGCUGGGGUUAGGGGAGGGUGGGAGGGUGGGGUGGACAAUACACCUGCGGCCAGGUAACUUAAGGAAAGAUGGAACAAGCUUGUAAAAAUUCUAAAGAGGUUGUUGGAGUUGCCUCAUGUUGGGAAGGGAACUGUUGACGCCAACAUUUCUCUUGAAGGUAGGAAGACUGAGGCUGGGGAAGGAUCCGGUGGACAUCAGUGACAGUUGUUCCUCACCUUAACUCUUCUAUUUAUGACUAUUUUUUUAAGCAUGCAAAAUGCCUGGGUAUUGGCGAUAUUUACUGAUGCAGAAUAAAGGCGGGCUUGGCAGGUU